AUGGCAAAUGCAUGGAAAAGAGAUAAACCCUUUCGCCUCCUCUCUCCAAAGUUGCUUUUUUUACUCUUCUCUUCCACUUUCCUCUUACUCUUUCUAUUCUUCUCUUUCCUCACUCCUCAUCCUUCAAACCCUAACCCUAACCUCUUCACUCUCAACACCAAUCUCUUCUCAACUUCAAUUCCCCCUUUCGAUUGCAUCAAAUCUCCUCAAGCUCACCCGGUAGUUGCAAGCGUCGUUGAAGGUGUUCGUUACCCGUUUCUCUUCUCGCUUUCCGAUUUUGGAAACCUACCCGAUAAGCCACAUAAGAACAUUGUGAGGUUGCUUAAAGGGAAAGCUUUUCGGAAACCUGAUAUCUCUGUGACUAUUCAGGAGAUUCUUGAGAAGGUGAAAAGUGAGGGAAGUAAUGGGUUUGUUGUAGAUGUUGGUGCUAAUGUUGGUAUGGCGAGUUUUGCAGCUGCAGCUAUGGGGUUCCGUGUUUUGGCGUUUGAGCCUGUUUUUGAGAAUUUGCAGAAGAUCUGUGAAGGGAUUUACUUUAAUAGAGUUGCGGAUUUGGUUACUCUCUUUGAUGCUGCAGCUUCAGAUCGUAUCGGUAACAUUACCGUUCAUAAGUUGGUUGGUAGGCUGGACAAUAGUGCGGUAUCCGCCACAGGAGCAAAGUUGGCAUUUAAGUCCAAUGAAGAAAUAGCUUUUCAAGUGCGUACUGUUCCGCUUGAUGAAGUGAUUCCAACAUCAGAGCGUGUGCUUCUGCUCAAAAUAGAUGUUCAGGGAUGGGAAUAUCACGUUCUCAAAGGAGCUUCAAAGUUACUCUCAAGGAAGGGAAGCCAAGCUCCCUAUCUCAUAUAUGAGGAAGAUGAGCGUUUGUUGCAGGCUAGUAAUAGCAGCGCUAAAGAAAUUCGAGACUUCCUUCAUAGUGUGGGUUAUCAUGAUUGCACCCAACAUGGCACAGAUGCACACUGUACCAAGAAGGAUUGA